CGGGCCAAAUCUGGCCACAUUGCUUCCGUGUGUUUAUGAGUAGAGUGUAUCUGAUCCCAAGCUUUUUUGAAAUUAGAGUUUAUUGAAAAGUAUAAUAAAAUUAACAUUUCUCGAAUCAAAUACAUAGGUAAACAAUGGAGGAAGAUAAUGAACGUCGACUUACUUUAUGCGGUAAAAGUUCUCAGCCUAUUGAGCGAAAGUUGCGAAUAUUUCCGGUAAAACACGUGUUUAGUCUGACGUCAAAUGCUGACGGUCGAGUAGAUCUGGUGGAUUGUCCGGAAAUAUUAAAAUUACUUGUUAUAUAUAUGCAAUACCAUUCUGCAUCUCAGCAAAACCGCAAGAAAGCUGCACUAUCAUUGGUAAAUAUUACUGGAGAUGAAGCAGGAGCUGAGGCAAUACUGAAUCUAUCAAAGUUGCUAAUACCGGAACAACAAUAUGUAUUUAACAUGAAUAUUGUAGAAGUUUGCAUGAAGUCUAUACUGAAUAAAUUUAGUUUUAUAGCGGAUGAAUGUUGUAUGAUACUUUCCAAUAUAACUAGAAUUUAUCAUUUAGUGGAUCGAGUAGUUGAAUCCAUUGAACAAAACGGUUGGACCUGGAAUACGAUAUUAUCUGCACUUAUAACAAAGAAUUAUAAUGCUAACAAUGCUGAAAUGCAUUAUCUUGCAUCUGUUAUUAAUAAUCUUAGCCAAUCAUCAUGUGUAAGAAGGAAACUGAUGGAUCCACAACACCGUAUUAUUCACCGUCUCUGUCGCUACAUACAGUGUUAUGAUGAAAUUAGACAACGUGGUAUUGUUGGUACUUUAAAAAAUUGUACUUUUGAAACAGACAGCCAUGACUGGUUGCUAAAUUCAGAUGUACAUAUAUUACCACGUUUGUUAUUGCCUCUUGCUGGUCCAGAAGAGUUUGAAGCAAAAGAUGUUGCAAAAUUGCCGAAUGAAUUACAAUAUCUUCCUGAAACAAAGCAACGAGAUCGUAAUCCAGAAAUCAGGCUAAUGCUUUUAGAAGCAUUAAAUCAACUUUGUGCAACAAAACUUGGUAGAGAAUAUUUAAGAGAAAAAAACACAUACAUAAUACUUAGGGAAUUUCACAAAUGGGAGAAGGAUAACAAAUGUUUACUAGCCUGUGAAAAUGUUAUUGAUAUUUUGAUAAAAACCGAGGAAGAAAUUGGGGUAGAUAAUUUAAAGGAAGUAGAGGUACCAUCUGAAUGUACGGAAAAGUUUUACAAGAUGGAUCAAGACUUUAUUGAAGAUACAUAGUGCAAAAGUUUGUAUUGUAAGAAUCUUUAGAAUUUAUAGAACUGUGAAGCAUUAAUGAAUUAACUUAGAUUAGAAACA